UCGAUCUGCCAACGAAACACAUAAAAAUUUAAACCUAAAUAGGCUUAGAAUUAGAUGCUUAGUUUAGUGUAGGCUUUGGUGUUCAGUCAGUCACAAUUUCUUUUGUUUUUCGGACAUAAAUUCAGUGUAAUCUUAAGUGAAAUUGUUGAAACAAUUCGUUGUAUGUGUGAAAAGUAGGGGAAGUCGGUUGAAAAGUUGACCUGCGCUUUCGAAUUUCGAUUUGAUCUGUAUAUACUCUGUGUGUAUAAAUUGUGUUGUACGUCGGUGUUGCAAUUGUGUGUGUUGUUAACCUGAUGUGCUAAUAAUAAUUGGUUAGACUGUAUCAUCCGUAAAGCAGUGUCAGACACCCUGAAAUAUUCAUUCGGCAUUUGUUAGGCAAACCAUUCGGCUCGGAUCCUAAAUUUCCGGUUCAAAAAAAUCAAAAAUUUUUCAAAAUUUCAAAUCCAUAGUCCGCCGAGAUGGUUCUAUAUAGUGCCACAUCGCAAAGAAUAUCCGGUCGCGUCUCAUCUAUCGCCUCUAAAAAUCGAAAUGAUGUCGUCGUCCACCCGUCCCCGGCCAAUGAAGCAUCCGUACCCGUUGUUCCUACUGCGGUCCGUACCAAACGGAAACGUAAUUCGAUCGCUAGCGGUGCUAAGCGAUCGGUUGCGGGUGCAUUGUCGACCGCCAUGGGCGGACCGGCGGUAGCCGGGUCUCAGCUGGGUAUCGGUGGUCUGGUCACUACUACUAUUCCAACACCAACAACAACAACAACGGCUAUUCCAAAGGCUCAAACAGGAGCCGCCGCCUCAGUCGUCCAUUUCCAUCCAGUGCCGCCGCCACGCCCACUUCGCAAGGCAACAAACUCCGCCGCCGCCGCCGCCGCUUCUAGACUUGCUGCCAAGGUGUCUGGUGCCGAGACAGCAGUUUCUGCUGUCCAAGAAUCCUUACCAAUCGCAGGAUCCGGCUCGGUUUCAACAACAGGAACAGCUGGCCUCCACAACUAUCCACCAGCCAUAAAGAAGAGUUCGCUGUCCACACGCAAAGUGGGCGGUGGCAAGGCGACAGAGUCCAGUAGCGUUAAGAGGCGCGUCAAAUUCUCGGCGAAUGUCCACACAUAUCCAUCUAACACUAGCACUAAGAAAUCAGCUCGGAUCGGCGAACUACAGUUGAAGAAGCGCACCAAGAAACUGAAACGCAAUCGAUCCCGUAGAGAAGGUGGUGCGGGUCCAUUACUGGCGGCUGUUACCAACGAUACCACGGCUAGCAUCUCCCAGGAAAUUCCACCCAAGCCAAUCACUAUCGGUGGCAUUGAGGAUCCGUUGAAAACUCCUCGAAUUCUCCGGCUGAACGUUGUGGGAAAGCCAAAACCGAAGAAGAUUACGGGUAAAGCAGCUCUAGCGGAAGCCCUGCGCCGGAAGGCGUUAUCGGAAAAGGCCACAAAGAGUGCUCCGACCAGGAACCGGGUCAAGAGUGUCAAGGCCAAGGCAAAGGUAGCGGCAGCAGCGGCGGCGGCAGCGGUGGCCAGUAAGUCUGGAGCCAGUGCCUCUAGCUCCCAGUUGGUGGAGAAACCGAAGGCAGCAGCGGUUGUAACGCCGCGCAAGAAGGCGACCGGAUUGGCCAGGAAAGCAACAACUACCUCGAUAGCCGGUACUCCGUUGGUCCAUGAGCGGCAGAGCCAUGGAAAAGUCAGAAGCUGAGGGUGGCGAUCAGCCGGAGAAUCCUGGCGAGAAGGAGCAGACGCAGUCGCCGAAGCGUGAGAAGCGCCGCUUUGAGGCUGUAUCAUCGCCGAAGGUGUCGGUUGAUGGUGGUGACGAAGGAGGAGCAUCUAAUCUG